GUGCAGUUGAUACAUCGCAUUGUCUGUCAGAAAAUGAGUGGUUACAAAUUCAACUAAAUGUUUUUACUCGAAAAAUCUCCAGCUGCUGAAAAACAUGAAGAAGAGAUUUAUUAUCAACCUGGACGAUUCUGCUUUCACCAAAGAAAGAACACCGCCAAAGCCGCAAUUUCAGCUUUCUUCCAAAGGAGGACCAAGCACCUCAACGGCAACUACCACAAAGCCAGUGGCCCAGCCGUUGUCCUAUGCGGAAUACAUCGUCCAGAGUAAAAGCAAUGCGGCUGCUGCUUCACAUAGAAAUGCUGCAUCCAAACCGCCCAGGAGCGAAGGUGCUGAAGUUACUGGUGUGAGGCAAAGCGAGCGAACCUCAGUGUCCCCCGCCACAGGAAAGUGUGAAACAGUGCAAGACUUAGCGAAAGAGCCCCAAGUGAAAACGAGUAAAGGCACGCAGGAGGCUGGCACAGGUCAAAAGUCAGAACCGGGCAUCAGCCUGGGUCCUAAACCAGUGGGAUCUGGUAGCAGCAUUAUUGUCAGUCCCCGACAGAGAGGAAACCCAAUUCUGAAGUUUGUGAGGAGUGUCCCGUGGGAGUUUGGAGAUGUUGUGCCAGACUAUGUUUUGGGACAGACAACCUGUGCUCUCUUCCUCAGUCUGAGGUAUCACAACCUGAACCCGAACUAUAUCCAUGACCGUCUGAAGCAGCUUGGACACACAUUCACACUACGAGUGCUACUGGUUCAAGUAGAUGUGAAAGAUCCUCAUCAUGCAUUAAAAGAGCUGGCUCGCAUAUGCAUCAUGGCUGACUGCACUCUCAUCUUGGCUUGGAGUCCAGAAGAGGCGGGACGCUACCUGGAAACAUAUAAGUCAUACGAAAAGAAACCAGCUGACAUGCUAAAGGAGCAAGUUGAAAAAGACUAUCUAUCAAAGGUUACAGAUUGCCUGACCACUGUCAAGUCUAUUAACAAAACAGAUGCCAUUACUUUGCUGUCUGCGUUCUCUUCUGUAGAAGGAAUCAUCAGUGCCUCUAAGGAAGACUUGGUUCUCUGCCCAGGCCUUGGACCACAAAAAGCAAAACGGCUCUUUGACGUACUCCAUAAGCCCUUUCUCAAGUCAAAGACAAAAGACAGCUGAGACUUUUCACCAAGAAUGUGAUAUGCUUCUGAAAACAAUUCUGUACCUGUGAACAUCCUGUUAAAGGCACGCUAAAUCACUCAGGAGGACUGAAUACUAAAAAGUAUCUAUUUACAAAGUUAAUGAAGAAAUGUGGGUUAUUCCAUACCAACUCAGUUAGACCUCACAGUUCAUGUCAUGGCUUUUCUUUAUGGAAAAAAAAGAUUUCAUAAUUUUACCAUGCAAAAUCCUGAUACUCUUUUUGUUUGUUUGGGGGUUUUUUUUAGAGGUUUGGUCCUUUGGGCCAAAUGUGAGUAUUUCUUUGUUAUGUGUGAGCCUCAGGACUGGGUUGAAAUUUGUUCUUAAAAAAAAAAAAAAAAAAAAAAAAAAAAACCCUAAAAAAACAUUUGCAACAUAAUGGUUGCUUGUAAAUAUUGAAAUAAAAAAAUAGAAUGAUUAAAAAUGUGCUUUAUUAUAUAUACUGUUAAUUUAUCCUCUUGAAAUGCCUGGCUGCCACAGAUCUUGCCAAGUUCAGAGCUAAAACCCAUACUUUCUAAUAUAUUUUACUGUGUAGUAUUCACAAAAGGUUUUUAACCCCUCAGCCUAAAAAGGCUUACAGGGUAUUGUCGUCACCCCGCCAAGUGGGCGGGCGGCCAGUUUUCAACUUUGUGAACAUAACUCGAACCAUGUGACCUAGGAUUGUUCAAAUUCACACCAUAGAAGCAUCUACUAAAAGUUGUUUAUACUUGUUAUGAUUUUAGCAUUUGUUAUUCCAGGUUCUUACUUAGCCAUUUGCUUUUGAAUUGAUACGGUGAAUAGUCACUGAGGCUCGUGUCCACCCCAUUAAGAUCUACUGAGAACAGGUAAUUAUGUGUUUUAGACCUUGUGCUUUCAGGGGAUUUGUGCCACCUGAAGAUGCUGCUGCUAGAGGCUGAGGGGUAGCGCUGGCAGCUGAGAUUUUUUUUUUUUUUAUAUUGAAGCAUCAUUGUGGGACCAUGUGAGUAUAUAAAACUAGCUACUGGCAUAUGACAGAAACCAAGGUUAAACUUAAGAGAUUCAGAACUGAAACAGUAUUUGGAGUAGAGCUUCCAUAUUUUUCAGGGUCAUAAACUUGAAAUGAGAAAAUGCCUUUUUGUUUUUUUUUCUAAAGAAACUGGAUGACAUGAACUGGUAAGUUCAUUUGGAUUGACCCAUGUUUCAAAUAUGUUUUCCUGGCUAGAAUCUGUGGAUAUGAUUUAAGAAAUUAAGCUGAACUUAACCUCUGAACUAAAGUUAAGAUUUAUUGAAUGCUUUGUUGUUUUUCUUUCUUUCAUGUGUGUAAUUGAUA